UGAAAAGAAUGGCCGACUUAGGACGAACCCUGUGACAAACCUUGCGAAACUUUCCUCCUCGCAGUUUCUAUGUGUUAGCUCGAUGCACCCUGGAAACUGAAAUGUGACAUAGCACUGCAUAUGAUUAUAACAAAGAAGGCCAAUAGAACGAGAGAGAAGAGUUCGUGCAUUUAAAGAUGGCAGCGGCAGCUGCAGGCGCGGCUGGGGCCGUGUCCGUGAUGCCUGCCCCAACGAAAAAUUUCGAUGAUGGCAGAGAAUCAAAAGGAACCAAGUACAGACCACCCCCCAUUGAUGUGUCAGCUGCAGGGCCUAGCCAUGGGCAGUCUAAGACCCCCACCCCCACCAACAUGCUCACUCCACGGACAGAGAGAGAAAAGAAGAUUGGUCACAGGAGGGUGGAUGAAGCUGGACAAGUCACAUACAAGAAGAAACCCACGUCAGAGCUUAUGGCUGCCAUUCAGCUGGGCAUUGGUCAGAGCAUAGGUGGACUUUCUUCCAAACCAGAACGUGAUGUUCUCAUGCAGGAUUUCCAAGUAGUGGAAAGUGUUUUCUUUCCAGGGGAAGGAAGCAAUCUCACUCCUGCUCAUCAUUAUAGUGAUUUUCGCUUCAAGACAUAUGCACCAGUGGCUUUCCGGUAUUUCAGAGAAUUGUUUGGUAUUCAGCCAGAUGAUUUCUUGCUGUCUUUGUGCAAUGAGCCUCUCCAAGAGCUUUCUAACCCUGGUGCCAGUGGCAGUAUUUUUUAUAUCACCAAUGAUGAUGAAUUUAUCAUCAAAACAGUACAACAUAAAGAGGCAGAAUUUUUACAGAAAUUGUUACCUGGUUACUACAUGAAUUUAAACCAAAAUCUUAGAACCCUGUUGCCAAAGUUUUAUGGAUUAUACAAUUACCAGUGUGGAGGCAAAAAUAUUCGAUUUGUUGUGAUGAACAAUUUAAUUCCUUCUUCAAUUCCAAUGCAUGAGAAAUAUGACUUGAAAGGAAGCACAUAUAAAAGGAAAGCCUCAAAACGAGAGAGGCAAAAAUUACGGCCUACAUUAAAGGACUUGGACUUUAUGGAUAUUAACGCUGAGGGAAUCAUACUGGAAGCUGACACCUACGCAGCAUUAAUCAAAACUAUACAGAGGGACUGCAGGGUGUUAGAAAGUUUUAAGAUCAUGGACUACAGUUUACUGCUGGGAAUUCACAACUUAGACCAGGCACAGAGGACCAGAGAGAUGGAGGAGGAACAGAAAAGGAUCAACAGGGCUGCACCAACUCCUGAAAUGAACAGACAGACCUCUAACACGUCUGAAGGUGAAUCAGGAGCUAGAGGUGGGCUUAACCGUGGCAAAUCUAUGAAGCAGAAGCUUGCCCAGUAUUCCACAGCUUUAGAAUCUAUUCAGGCAGAAUCAGAACCAGUGGAAGUGGAGAAUGAAGAUAUACCUCCUGGCGGAAUACCUGCCCGCAACUCGAAGGGAGAGCGCCUGCUCCUGUACAUUGGUAUUAUAGAUAUACUCCAGAGUUAUAGGCUGAAGAAAAAAUUAGAGCACACCAUGAAGGCUAUAGUUCAUGAUGGGGACACAAUAUCUGUGACCAGACCUAGUUUCUAUAGCCAACGGUUCCAAAAUUUCUUCUCUCAAGAAGUAUUCAAGAAGGUUCCUUCAUCUUUGAAACAGACACCGUCAAAGAAGCGUCCAUAUUCCCGACAGAGGUCUUCUACUACAGAAGGUGAAACUAAACUGCCACUAUCUGUGCCUGGUCGACUGAGAACUCAAACAUCAUUGGAUGAGAGAGGUGCCCUACCCAGAGCAGUGUCCCGGCCACGCCCAGAUCUCCUCCCGACUAUGUCGACCCCACCCCCGCCUUUCUCUGAGGCCAUAGCAACAAGGCAGGGCUUUGCAAUACAGGCUGACAACAGUGACAAUGAGGAGGAUGUGUUUGUAGAUGAUCAUGGACAUGCCAGCACUUCCAGUCAGCAGGGUGCCAGUAUUCCUAUGUCAAGUACAGCAUUCCAAGGUACACCCAAUUCCUACUCUUCUACUACUGCUAUACCAGCAGGGGAGCAUGCGGGGAGUGAUGUGUCCCUAGAUGCCCUAGCACGUGUACGGGGCUCGCCCGCGCUUAGUGUAUCAGUAUCAACACCCACACGUACUGAAUUUACAGAGGGCACGCCCUCCUUCACGGCCUCUAGUCCAAGUUGUUCCAGCGAUAUUUUCUUAGAAGGAAAUGAGCCAUCCCAGGCUGUGUCCAUUGAGGACAUCCACAUCAGCACCCCCUAUGAUGGUGUUCAGGUAGACGAUGAUGGUCUACCAACCCCCGGUACCUCAGGAACCACGUCUGGUGGUGCUAAUGUGGUGAUGGAACUGGCAACGGCUGUGGCGUCAACAGCAGUGGUGACCACUACAACUGAGCCUACGGAUGAGGCCAAGACAACAGAAGAGACCAAGUCAGCUGACUUCACUACUCACACAGGGAAGACGACAGAUUUAUCUCAACUCAGUUCGUCAGCUGCGGGAGAUGCAGACCAGACAAAUGAUGGCAAUGUGAUUGUGAACUCGGUCCACCAUCAAACUACCCUUCCUGCUUCAACUGUGACUUCCGUCCUUGCUCCCCUGCGUAAUAGUAUCAGUAGAAGUAGCACUAACACUGCAACCAUGCCUUCUUUACCUGCUGUGACCUUCAACAAUACUUAUCAUUCCCUGCUUGGAAAACAUCCACAGCAAAAUGGACCACUCAGCACUGUGAAACCUGGUGCUGGAGAUGUAGAAACCGCUAGACAUGAGGACUUGCCAAGGUCUUCCAUGCCGGGAGGCUUUGGGAGCCACACUGUCAGACGCUCUAUGGCUCUCCCUGGAAAUGAUCGGCUUUAUAGACCAGUCAUUUUACAGAAUUUCUCCACCAGGCUCUAAGUUCUUCUGUUAUCAUUUAUACUAACUUGUCACUUGUAUACGUAAGUGUUGUAACAUAUUACUAAACUUAUGUGUUUUUUUCUGCAUUUCUUGUUUUAUGAUCUGUGGUGCUUAGAUAAAGUGCAUGCAAGACUAUAAUUAUGCUCAAAUAAUUCAGAAUUGUGUUUUGAAUUAAGAAUACUCUAUUUUGUUGUCAAUGAAGGUCUCAUUUUUGGUUACCUGCUUGAUAUCAACAUGUAGAAUGACUUGUUAAAUGUAUAAUCAUUCAGCGCAGGACUCUGCAUAAGAUGGUUGUCUCCAUCAACAAAUUUUUAAGAAUGACUCCAAAUGUAUGGAAACCAAUUGCUUUUGAUGCUAUCAGAAUCUGAAAAAUACUCACGUAAAAAAUGAGAAGUAGAUUAUGAAGUUAAAGCAGAGUCCUGCAUUGCUUUAAAACCCGCUGGUUAUCUACUAGUCUUUUCAAGUUCCUUAGCCUCAAUAAGGCUAUCUGAUUUAUUUAUAUAACCAAUAUUUUCAAGUUAUCUUCAUGUGUGACUCUUCUGUAAUUUAACACCAAUACCUACAUGUUUCAAGACACCCCAUGCUUAACAACACCAGACCCUCAAAGAGGUAGACUUGUUUUGUUUGAUGACACAUAAUAUUAUGGUUUUGAAUUCUCUAAACAGUAACACUGUAUAGAUAACCUGCAUGUAGUGUAUGAAGUUAAAGUUAAAUAUAUAUUUUCUCAAUAUUUAUGCAUGUGCAUGUGCUAUUCUCACAAUUAUUCACUGUUAACUUAAAUAAAGAAGAAUGGUGUUAAAAUUAAUAUUUGUAAAAAAAAAAAAAUGAAUGCCAAUUUUAUUCUGAUUCAGAUUGUACUGUUAUUGUGGUAUUUCAUACCAAGAAAAAAAUGUAUGUUCAAAGAAUUAAAGGACUUCUUUACAAUAUUGUUGCACAGAAUACAAACUUUUUCACCAACAUUUUCUUUUGUUAGUUUUAUUUCUGAAGCUUGCUUCUUUUGAUUAUUAUUUUCUAGGGAGAGAAGGUGUAGAGUACUUAGACUUAUCUGUAGAAGAUGGUGCCGCAGCAGAUUCCAGAAGGGCACUGGAACCCAACAGAAAACGUUUUCAGUCUGUGGGAGACAUCACCCAGUCGUCACUACAAGAAUUCCAUGGAAGUUGUCACAGAUUUGGAACUACUAGACACAAACAUGCAAAGUACUGACAUGUGUAGGGAAUAAUUUCUUGUUGAAAUCCUUAGAAAGAGAUGCUGAUUGUUACUCUAGACUUUUCUCAGUAACGUAUACUGGGUGAGGAUCUGUACUUCUUACAGAAGGCUAUAUAAAAGAUAAUACAGAAAGGUAUUUUGAUAUAUUUGGAACAAAUAGAAAUCAUUCUGUGUAUAUAAUAUAAGGAAGAGAAGAAAUUAAGAGUAACCAGACAUCUGCAUGCAAUGGUAUACCCGAGAAUUUCCUCAGAAAAAAGAUGGGGGAUGUUUUUUGCAUGUAGGACAUAUCUAAUGUGGCUAUGAUUCUUUCAAGCUGAAGCAUGUUCAGUUAAGAUAUUGUCUCUGUUUACAAGUCUAGCAUGUUAACAGAAAUUAUACUCUUUUGAGCACAGUUCCAGUCACUAGUGCCAGUGGACUUUUCCAAAGUGUACGCACAAAUUUUGUCUGUCACAAAAUUAGUACACCGAAGACCUAUUUUAGGUGAAAGCCAUUUGAGUUUCUAACAUUCAUGUCUGAAUAUGCAAAUGAAUUAUGUGAAAAAACUACACACGGUGCAUAAGGAAUACACCUGUAGGUACCUUUGUAAUGUCUUAUUGUACCUCACAAACAUGCUUGCACAUGUGUUUUGGUGAGGUGGUCAAAUAGUGAUGUAUCCUGUAUAUUUUCUGUGUGGCAUGUGUCUGUGUGUUACUGAAUCCAUAGAUGUGACUGAAUAGGCCACUCUUUCAUGAGGAGAUUGGUUUUCAUCACUGGAGCCAUAUGGAGAUCUAGUCUUGCACUUUUUGGAGGUCAGGAAUCCAUGUUGUAUACAGAACACAGAGAAAGCAUUUUGAUUUUGCAGGAUUAUGGUGAGGAACACGAAAAAUGGUGGCAACAGUUCACAUUGGGAGAAAUUUCACGUAGAAAGAUCGUCAAAUUUAUGCACCAGUCUGUGUGGGACUGACUGCAGACUUUAGAUUGUCUCUGUGAAGCCUUGGACCUGACAAGAGCAUUGUGAUCAAACUAAAUGUUUCAUUUCAGAAUUCACUGUCAGUCCCUGUGCAACUUCUAACGUGCAUGCAUUUCUUGCAAAAGGAUAAGGAAGGCAGUGUUUUAGCAAUUUGCUAUUUGUGUUAAGCAGGCGAUGCUUGGAUAGUGAUUUGUAACAGCGUAUUUAGUUAAUAUGUUCUUAAUUUGUCCCUGUAUUUAUAGCUGUAACUCUCAGAUUACCUUGAUACUCGAGAUUCAUUUAUGAAUAAAUACUUCAUCUCCAAAAGAAGGUGGGGUCUUUCUCCAUUCAAAAACAUUUUGUAGUGCCUAUGUAGAUUUUUUUGUGUAAUAAACCUAGUCUGUGAUUUAGAUAUUGCGUAGCUUUAGAUUUAACAAGUAGAUUGGACACCUUCAUUUUAUUUUUGGAAGGAAAUUAGUUAAGAAUUGUCUUCAGAGAAAGUGCUGAGGUGCACAUGAUAUCUUUCCUUCAAUUUCAUGAUUUUUUUCCUCAUUCUCAAGCAUUUAAUUGGUCUUUUUGUGUUAUGUCAAUUUUUUAAUAGCUUUAGGUAUUAGAUUGAGCUUGAAUAAAGACAAAAGCACAAAUUAAAAGAAAUGAUUAUUGAUUUAGUAAAAAAAAAAAAGUCAAUUACAUGUAUACUGAUAAUGCCAAUAUGUCAGUUGAAACCAAGAGUUAAGAAGUUGACAAUAUUAUUCUAUAUGUAUUAUAUUAACAUUAGUAACUCUUUUUUUAUCCAGUAUUACAAUGAUAAACGGUGAAGUUUUGGAUAACAAAACCAACACGCUUCUUGAGCCAAAGAACAAAUACCUAUUAUAGUUGAAAAUCCAGGACAAGAAUUUAGAAAAGUUGGUAGCGUUUUAGGUGGUGCUAUUUGACAUGUGCUAACGGACAGAUUGCAAACUUGCUAUCAACCUUGGUGAUAAUAAUGAAUGAUAAAUGAAUGUCCAGGUCAUUUGGGUUUAUAUCAGUCAAAUAUAUAUAUAUAUUCAGAUGUUGUAAUUGUGCUCUGUGUUGAAUUUGUCUUAAUGUGUGUUAAUAGUUAUACAGCGCACUUGUUACGUACAUUUUGAAAAUUGUCCUUGUGUGGAACAUAAUUCAUACCACGUGUUAAGUCAUUAGGAGAUAUUUCGUUUGACUGUACAUAUUUAUAACAGGGAUAAGGGAUACGUUUAAUAUAAUGUAAAUUAUUUCUUAGCUAACUUAUUAUUAUCAUUAUUACUUGAGGACUACAGCUUCUGUAUAUAGCUGCAGUAAUUGUUGUAUUGUGCCUUGAAAACUGGGCUGAUCUGUAUACUCUGUACAAAAGUGUUGGAAUUGCAUAUUAAAAUAUGAUUUGA